AUGCGCGGCCUCUCCCUCCUCCGCCCAGGGACCCUCCCCACACCCACCGCCCUCACACCACCAACCCUCCGCCAAUUCUCCUCCACACCAACCCUCCUCACAAAAACGAUCCCCAUCAAAAACCUCCCCUCCGACGCCCUGCCGCCGUACCCCUUCGGCCCCCGCCUCAUCUACAAACAAUCAAACACCGGCCUCUACGGCUCCGCCCGCAUCCGCGUCGGCAACAACGUCGCCCCCAAACACAAGCAAAUCACCCCGCGCACCUGGCGCCCCAACGUCCACCGCCGCCGCCUCUGGUCUGACGCCCUCGGCGCCUGGGUCCGCACCCGCCUCACCAUCCGCGUCCUCCGCACAAUCCGCAAGGAGGGCGGCCUCGACGCCUACGUGACCAAGACGAAAACCGCGCGCGUCAAAGAGCUCGGCCCCAGCGGCUGGAAGCUGCGCUGGAUGGUCAUCAACUCCGCCGCCUGGCGCGAGUCCGUCGGCGGCCCCGAGCGGGAGCGCCUGGGCGUCUCGGAGGAGACCCUGACCACCAGCAACGGCGCCCCCGUGCCGGACCUCUCCGCGCUCAUCCCCAUCCGCAGCUGGGCCGCCAUCCGCGCCGACAGGGCGGGCGAGGACCCGAACAAGCUGUACCACGACCGCGUGGAGCACAUCCGCGUCUCGCUGGAGAUGCAGGAGGCGCUAAGGAGGGCCGAGGCCGGCGGGUUCGCGCUCGGCGAGGAGGCGCAGGAGGAGAAGGCGCUUGACGAGGCGUACGAGGAGGUGCACAUUGAGGGGCAGAAUGCCGGGCCGUCUGAUAGGACGAUAUGA